AUGGAAUGGUACAAGGAUCUGCAGGCUAGGACAUGUUUUUAUCGUGUGUGUGAUGAAAGACAAAUCGCGGCCAGAACGAGUACAGUAAUGGCUGAGGUAGGUAAAGGCUAUGUGAUAGUUCCGGAGUCACUUGUGAAGAAGCAGAAAAGGGCCGAGGACUGGGCCGUUGUCAGCAUUAAUGCUAUGCACCCAAGAACCAAGAAAAUUCUUCAGCUUCUGAGAUUGAGACAGAUCUUCAAUGGCGUCUUCUUGAAAGUAAACAAGGCCACUGUGAACAUGCUGCACAGGGUUGAGCCUUACGUCACUUACGGAUACCCCAACCUUAAGAGCGUCGAGAAGUUGAUUUACAAGCGUGAAUAUGGAAAAUUGAACGAGCAGAAAAUUGCUUUUACUGAUAAUUCCAUCAUCAAGCAAACGCUGGGCAAGUAUAGAAUAAUCUGCAUGGAGGAUUUGAUUCACGAGAUCAUGACUGUGGGGUUGUGUAUACCCAGCAAGAUCGGGAUCGAUCUAUGGUCAUGGCGAUAUGAGCUAAAGUCGUCGCACCGGAGAACACUCGAGGAGGCAAGGAUCUGA